AAAAAUUCAUCUCUUAUUUCUUUUUAUCCAAAAUUCCUCUUGUAUUUUUCAAAUUUGAAAGUUUGCGCCCUAGUUGUCCUGUUUUUAACUCUGUUUUACUUUCUUUCUCUUAUUUUUUUCAAUCUUAAAAAAAAAUACAAGUGAAGGAGAAAGUAGAAAGUUUUGAAAAUGGUCGAAAUCGCGAGUUUUGUUCUCGAUGUUGUCAAGUGCUUGGCUGCUCCGAUUGGGCGUCCAUUUAUGUACCUGUACAACUACAAGAAGAACAUUGACAAUCUCCAAGAUGAAGUUAAGAACCUGAAGAAUACAAGAGACGAAGUGCAGGUUAAGGUUGAGGUUGCUGAACUGAACGGGGAAGAGAUCAAACAGAGAGUUAAGGAGUGGCAGACUAAGGUGAACAAUACCAUUACGGAAGCAGAGAGGUUGAUUGAAGAGAAAGAAGAAAACGCUCGAUGUUUCAAGGGAUUGCGCCCCAACUGUAUCAACCGCUACAAACAUAGCAAGAAGGCAUUCAAAUUAAAGCGGGAUUAUAUUGGUCCACUCCUGCUGCAAGAGGAAAGAUUCGGUGAAGUUUUCGAUUGGUGUAUACAACAAUCCAAGUACGAGAAGAACUUUGUCAAAUUCCGAGAUGAUGUUUUGAAGCUGAAGAAUGCAAGACGCAAAGUGCAGCAUAAGGUUGAGGAGGCUAAAAUCAAUGGGGAAGAGAUUGAAGAGGAUGUGAAGAAGUGGCUAGAGGAUGUUGACUCUGUCAUUGUUAAAGCAGAGGAGUUGAUUGAAAACCAAAGUUCGAUUGGCACUGACUGGCAGACGCGCUACCAAAAUAGCAAGGCAGCAUCCGAAUUAAUGGUGGAUGAUAUUGGUCCACUCCUGCAGCAAGAAGAGAAAUUCGACAGAGUUUCCUAUCCUACUAUUCCACUAGAGAAGAACUUUGACAAGCUCCGAGAUGAUGUUUCGAAGCUGAAGAAUGCAAGACUCAAAGUGCAGCGUAAGGUUGAGGUGGCUGAAAAAAAUGUGGAAGAGAUUGAAGAGGAUGUGAAGAAGUGGCUAGAGGAAGUUGACUCUAUCAUUAUUAAAGCAGGGGAGUUGAUUGAAAACCAAAGUUCAAUUGGCACUGACUGGCAGACGCGCUACCAAUAUAGCAAGGCAGCAUCCGAAUUAAUGGUGGAUGAUAUUGGUCCACUCCUGCAGCAAGAAGAAAGAUUCGAAAAAGUUUCCCAUCCUACUAUUCACAAGGAGAUAUGGCUUAGAUCUGAUGAAGAUUAUUUGGUUUUCGAAUCAAGAAACUCCGCUGAGAAGAAUGUAUGGGAGGCAUUAAAAGAUGAGAAUAUCUACAUGAUCGGUGUUUAUGGGAUGGGUGGUCUGGGCAAGACCACUCUUGUGCAGGAAAUUGGUAGGAAUGCUGAGAAUAAUAAGCUCUUUAAUGAGAUUGUUUUUGUUGAGGUAACAGAAACUCCUGAUACAACAAAGAUUCAAACAGCAAUUGCAAAGAAGCUAGGUCUUAGAUUCGAAGAUGAAAAGGAAGAUGAGAGUGAAAGAGCAAGUAAGUUAUAUUCUAGAAUGAUGAAGAAGAAUAUCCUUCUAAUUUUAGAUAAUAUUUGGAAAGAUUUAGAGUUGAAGACAGUUGGAAUUCCUUCCUGAACUGAUCGUGGAAGAAGUAAAAUAUUGAUGACAACAAGAAAUGUAAAUGCGUUGGAGAAGAUGGGUUCCACAAAUAAUUUCGGGAUGGGCAUUUUAAAUGAAAAAGAAGCUUGGAGUCUAUUCAAGAAAAUGUCAGGUAAUUGUUAUUAUAACUCAUUAUAAUUUGUGUUAUGGUUUGAUGUGAAUAAAUAAAAAGUUAAAAGUAGUAAUAACAUGA